CUCAGUUGUGCUGAAACUAUGUGUCGCGUCGGUUCGCAUACCAACAUGGAGUUUAUACUGUUAUUAUCUAUCCUGAGCUUAUCUCUGGCGCUACCUACUCAAGUUUCAGAUCCACCACGACCCAACUGCAUCAAAAUGUCACCAGAGAAAGAGCAACAAAUGGACCAGAUAGUCGACAAACUGGGGCAGUUCCUCAACAAUCUUAGCAUGGAGCACGAAGAUUUCGACAUCCGUCUCCUCAAGCUAUCCAUAGAGCAGCAUACCGAGGACGAGGAAGAGAAAGAGACAGUGCUACAGCUCUCUGUCAACGACUGUCAACUGUCAGACGACGAUUUAGAAGAGAUGGAUCAUCACAGAGAAAAGGCGAAGCUAAAGAAAGAAAAAGCUGAAAAAGAAAAAGCUAGGAAUGAAAAAGAAGCGGAAUUGAAAAAGGAAACUGAUAAUAGUGAGAGACAAAAUCAUUAUUUGAAAAAGGUACAGGAAAAUUAUGAUAAAUCUGAUACUAGUAAGAAACAAGACCGAACGAGUGAAAAAACACAACAGGAAAACAUUAAAAACUCGCAAGCUCAUGAAGCAACAGAAAUAAAUACAGAAUAUAAUAAACCCGAAGCUGGUAAACAAAAAGAUGAAAAUUUAAAGAAUAACGGUAAAGUAAAACAAGAAAAUCAGGUCUUCGCUAACGCGAAAGCUAAAGAUCAGGAAGAUGAAAGAAUAAAGAAUAAAGGUAACCUAGAAAAGAAUGGCCAAGACGAAGAGCAAUCAAAUAAUAAUGAUAAAAAAGUACGACAUGAGGUUAUGUAUUUAGAUUUGGACGAUAAUGUAGAGAAUAUUGUGGAAGUUUUGAGCAGAAUGAAAAAGGAUGCGAUCAUCGUUUACGUACAGAACCGUAACUCAGGAGUCUCAGGACAAGAUAAUAUUGAUAAAGAAGUACGACCGGAGGUUAUGUAUUUAGAUUUGGACGACAAUGGACAGAAGAUUGUGGAAGCUUUGGGCAGAAAGAAAAAGGACCCGAUAAUCGUUUACGUACAGAAGCGUAACUCAGGACAAUCCUACUGGUUUCUUAAAAGGAGAUAG